CUCUCUGAAAGAAGAAUGAACGGAUUUGCUGCAGUUCUCAUUUUGCUGGGAGUCUCUUGGGCUCAGGCUUCUCCAUUGGACACCUUUGUCCUGCAAGAACCUGGCAAUGACUAUGUCGCUGCAACUAUGACUAUCCACAAUGAGAAAAACUUAGCUGAAGUCCAUGUCACUGCUGGCGUGUACUCCUCUGAUACCAUUUUUGACUACUCAUAUGGGUAUAUUGCCACAAGGCUGUUUUCACGGAGUGCCUGCUUUAUCUUGAAAAUAGAUAAGGAUUACAUCCCAGAGCUGCAAGAAAUUGGACGCCUGGCUUUUGAGAGAAAGACUAUGAAGGCACUGUACUCUCCAAAUAAUGUGUGGGUACAGUUUCAAUCUGGCCAUUCUGUGUUUGGACGUAUCAAAGACUGGAUUAUCUAUGGUAAAGCCAUUGAACGACUCUGUGCAGGUCUGCCCCUCUACGGCCUUGUAAAGACUCAACCACCACUGAGUGUUCAUGGCUGUGUCAGUGCAGGAAUUCCAGGUGUUUUGCCCAUUAAAAUCUGUGAAAAAGCCAAUUAG